AUGGGCAACAAGGCGACAACCGAAGCAGUGGGCAAGGCGGUCAUGAUCGAAGACGCCGAGGCUCAAUGUCGUGGCGUCCUUCUCUACGAAGAGGAUGGCCAUGCCCGGAAGCUACCCGUACCCUCAUCCGAUCCCAACGACCCUCUCAACUUUGGAGUCUGGCGCCAGCGUCUCAUCAUCACCGCUGUCUGCGUAUACGGCAUCACGGGAUUUGGCGUCAUACAGUCAACUCCGCUGUUCUUUGGCAAGCUUAUCGCAGAAUACAAGAUAAAGACCCACGGGACGUUUGAUCCAGAGCGCAUUACCGACCUCGCCAGCUAUCCUUCGCUGUGCAUGGGCAUGGGAAACUUCUUCUUCGUUCCUUUGUCGAUGGCAUUCGGUCGGCGUCUAGCCUUCAUUCUUAGCAACAUCGCCUUGCUAGGAUCCGUUAUCUGGGCAGCAAAGUCGCAAUCCUUCGAGUCUCAUCUUGGGGCCCGUUGCUUACAGGGACUCACGGCUGGAGUUUCUGACUGUUUGCUCCCCAUCAUCGUCCUUGACCUGUCGUUCCUCAACAAACGUAGCUCGCGCCUAGUCUCCUACUGGGCUCUUACGGCAGUUGGAUCCUCGCUGCUAUUGAUCGCUGUACCUUUCAUCGUUGACCACGCCGAUGGCGAUUGGCGCGUGAGCUACUGGUUCUGGACCGCAUGGGCAGCGUUUUCCCUCGUCAUCAUUGUCGUGGCGGUACCCGAAACACUCUUUAUCCGUCCCGCCGCGGCGCUCAUGGGGAGAAUUCACGCUACCGAUGCGUACGGUACGCACAGAACCUUUGCUACGGCCGAAGCUGCCCGCGAUGCUGGUUUCGAUAUCGACCAUGACGGCUUGGACCCGGCCCCAACGUCCUUUUCAUAUAUGCGGCAAUUGGCACCUUUUUCUAUCCAGUCCUCGCCUGUGGUGCGCUUUUUUGGUGCAUGCAGAGAUAUCUUUUUGUGUAUUCUUGUGCCGGGAACACUUUGGGCACUCCUCCUCAACAGCAUGAUAUUUGGCGGCCUCGUUGUGCUCAGCCUCACCUAUAGCCAACGUCUCGAGAUGGAGCCUUGGGACUUUUCUCCAUCCACAGUCGGAACGGUCCAGGCAGGAGCCACGAUCGGAGCGCUGUUUGGCCUUGCCUAUGGAGAAAUGACAGAGCCCAUCAGCCGAUAUCUGACCCGCCGCAAUGGUGGACUGCGUGAACCUGAGCAUGUCCUCCCCAAUUUUCUCCUCCCCUCGAUUGUGGCCUUUCUUGGCAUGAUCGUGUAUGGAGUGGUGGGUGCAGACCCUGCUAAAUACAGCUGGGUUGGGAUACACGCUGCUUUUGCUCUCUUCUACUUCGGCUUCUGCGCCAUCUCGGCUGUUACUGGCGUCUGGCUUGGAGAACUACUUCCUCAUAGGUCAGGUGCAGCGAUCGUUCUGGUUUGUGGAGGCAGGAAUGCUGUUUCUUUCGGCUACAGCCACUCUUUUGGCUCUUGGAUCACGUCUCUAGGUUUCCAGGAGACGUAUGUCUUGUUUGGCGGUGUUCUUUUCGCCCUUGGCUCUCUUUCUAUCCCGUUGUACUUUGUAAACGGUCGCAUCCGUAAGGUUAUGUCAUCUAUUGGAUGGCUCAAGGCGUAUUAG